CAGGUGUCUUUGAAACGUUUAACACAUGCAAAAUAUUAAUUUAUAUUCUUAAUCAUCAUAGCUAUCUUUCACCAAAACUAAUUGGUUCAUACUUGCUUAUUCAUUAAUUUAAACCUUUUUAGAAUCCCACCCAUAAUCUGUUAUAAAAAACCCAAACAAAAAAUUGAGGUUAUGUUGUAGUUUAAAACUAGGAAAAAUCGUUAAAAAUGGCUUCAAGGGGGCCAAAGGGGAAAAUAACGCAACAACCCCCUGAUAUGUUCAUUGCAUUGGGUUCAAAACAGUCCGCAUCAAGAGAUAAUGACCCAAAACGUACUGGACCUUCUUUACAAAAACCUUCAACUUCGGGUAAAGGACAAAUUGAUAGGAAACGGGAAAAUACAACUCCUUUACCAGCUGGGCCCGCAUUAAAAAAAAUGAAAGUGGCAUUACCUACACGACCAACAACAACCCCUGCCCCUUGUAUGUCCACUUUGAUCCCAACUGAAAGAAGUAAUCCAGGACAAUCUAGUGCAGAAGCUUGGGAAGCUAUGGCUGUUGAUUGUGAAGCAUGUGAUUUCAUGGAGUUGGUUAUGAAUAGUGUACAUAUUGGCAAUACAGAAAAAGCGGUGUCAUAUAUUUUAGGAGCUAUUCGUUCUAUAAAAGUACAAAGAUUUAAACCAUGCAAAGUACUUUAUAGUAAUCUAUUACUGUUGGUUUAUUCAAAACCAACACUUUUCGUUAAUGAGAAUGUUGUAGCCGCUCUAAUAAGCUCUAUAAGACGGGAUAUUAUCGCUGGACUUAAAGCCCCAACAAAAAAUAAUCCACAUAAUCAAAUGUUAUUCAUAAACAUACUAUUAUAUGCUUUCAAUUCAGUUGGGCAUUGGCCAGAAAGUUUUGUUAAGCUGUAUGUAGAAGAUGCUGUUGGAGAUCGAGUUUGGAUAGAUAACCCAUUUUGUAAACCGUUUGUGGAUAAUAUAAGCACAGCUUUUAAUACUAAACAGCCACCAAAACUACUUUUAGCUACUGAAACAUGGGCUCCAGCAGGACGUGAUACUUCAAGUCCUCUAACUAUUAAUUCUAAUGAUGAUGAUGAAAGUAUGAAUGAAUUUAAAUCAAUAGUUAGUAGUUGGAAUAUAAAUACAUAUUCCCGAUAUACACAAGCACAAGAAAUUGUUGAACAAAUAUGCCUUGAAGCCAUAAAAGAACAAUUGACUAGGCGACAACAACCGGAUGCAAUAACAAAAAAUUUCGUUCGAUUUUUAAGUAUAGCAUCAGGUUUGGUUGAGAUACGAAUAAUAGCGGUGUCUAGAAUUGAAAAUUGGCUCCACAAUCAUAAAUUGAUGAAACCUGCCCAGGAACUUUUAGCGUAUCUUUGUUAUAAUUGCUCGACAAACACUCAAAGAGAUUUGGAAGUUGUGGCACAUUUAAGCAAAUUGAGAAUUAAAAAUAAACCUAUGAUAACGUUUUUUAAUAAUUGUUUAAAAGAGAUGGUGUUAUCAUUUCCAGAGAAUUUAUAUCCCUUAUUAAAAUACACCGUUUAUAACGAACUCUCAAAUACAAGAAAUACGAAUAAUUUACUGGUUGUUGGAGCGAUGUUUCAGGUAUCUCCAGAAGGUGGGGCAGAUGCUUUUACAGAUAUUUGUUUAGAAUUACUUUUAAACAAAGACGAUUAUUUACGAUCGAUUCGUACUUUAUUAAAAGAAAUUAACCGAGUAUUAAAACAAGAUUUCAAUUUAUGCAACGUUGUUCAUUCGCUUUUAAAAGAACGCAAAGAAAUGUCGAAUUUAAUUAGAGACUCAGAAUUCAAAGACAGAAUAUUUUUAUCUCUCGUCGAUUUGGUUUGUAUGUGCAUGUUUUUGUGCAUUAGCCCUCAAGUUCGUGAUGCGGCCUCACAAAGUAAAAAAGAUGCGAGCAUUUUCCAACAUUUCCAAUUACAAGUUUCUAAUAUUCAAAGAGAAGCUGCCGUAUGGCUUCACGAGGGGGCUUUAAGAACCUUUCGACCUCACGUUAGCGACUUUCAAUACGCUAUACAUAAAGUAUUGUUAUUAGAACCAGUCGAACAAUACUGCAAGGUUGACUCAUGGCCUGGAGAAAACGAAAGAAAUUUAUUUUUCCGAUUAAUAAGCGAAGUACCAUUAUUAGAACAAACUUUAUUUAGAACUUUGGUUAUUGGUAUUUCUAAAGAACACCCUGUUUCGGCUAACGACAUUGUUGAUAUUUGCGAUCAAUUGGUGAGGAGAGCCGGAAAUUUGACGACUGAUUCGGUGAUGCCUUUGGUUAUGGAUAAACUUGAGAUUGUCGAUCUUUUCUUUAAUUUAUGCUGUUAUAAUUAUCCGGAAAAUAUUACAUUACCUGUUGGAUAUACCCCGCCUAAAUUGGCGAUUUCGUCGAUUUAUUGGAAAAGUUGGUUAAUUUUGUUAAUUAUUGCUGCUCAUAAUCCGAGUACGUUUGGAAGUUUAGCAUGGAGUAAAUACAGAAUUUUAAGGAUGUUUAUGGAAAUGUGUAUAACUAAUCACUUCACGUUUCCUCCAUCAACAAUGCUUUCAACCGAAGCGACAGAAGAAUUUAUAGGAAAAGAACAACAAAUGUUGGCAAUAGAGAGGCAAAAGAUCUUAGAAUUUGAAACCCAUUUAGCAGCAGCUAGUACAAAACAAGAAAUCAACGAACAAACCAGUUUACUACUUCCACAAUUAAUUGAAUUAAAUCCAACAGGUGAUAUUCGCAGACCACCACCUUUAGUAUUAGAACAACUACAAGCUUUAAAUAACACCCACAGAUUGGGCCAUUUACUUUGUCGUUCUCGAAGUCCAGAUUUUCUUUUAGAUAUAAUGUCGAGUCAAGGUGGCGUGGCCCAUAUGCCGUGGUUAGCUGAAUUGGUUCAUAACUCCGAAGGGGCAUUAGCUCAUCUUCCCGUUCAAUGUUUAUGCGAAUAUUUAUUAACCAACACACCAACCGAAAAGUUAACUAAACACAGUCAAUUACUCGCUCAUUUACGAACGGUCGUUCAUGGAUCUGAUGGUUCGAAUUCCACCGAAGUUUUAGAAUAUCUUUUGCGACGUUUAACAUCUCCGCAUGCUUCAAGUAGAAAUCGCGCGAUUAAAGGAUUAACGCUGGUUUUAAAUACGAAUGAAGAUGGGGAAAUUACCGCUGAAAAUGUAAAUCAAACGCAUUGGUUGACUCAUUAUAUUUCGUACCUUCCAAAUAUAAACAAUGUUAGGCAUAUAUUAAUUCAUUUAUUGAUGCAGGCGACUUUAGUUGAAACGAAUCCUGUUCACAUUUCAAAUUAUAUUAACUAUUUAGCUACGAAAGGUAUUGAUGGUUUGGGGGAGUUAGAAUUAAUUUUUGAUUUAGCAUCACUUAUCGUUGAACGUAAUAGUAUAACGACUUAUAUUUUGCCUGGUGAAAAUAUGAGAACUUUACGAGAUUUAAUUUCGAUAUUUUACACAUAUUUACAUAAAGUACGCCAACCGCCGGAUGAAAAUUUUAUGUGGCCCGCUGAAAAUCAAGAUCAGGUAGUGGUAACUUGGGGUAAUGGGGAUCAAUGUGUUAUACAAGUCUUGGUCAUUCAAGCAUCGAUUAUUUUACUAACAUAUGGUCCUCUUGAAGAUUCUGAAGAAUUUAACGCGCUUUUGGAUAUGUGGUUUCCAUUAAACGAAGAUCGAAUGAUUACUUUCUUCCCUGAUACAGCCGACGAUUCGAUUCUUUUACCCGAUUGGUUAAAAUUAAGAAUGAUUCGUUCGAACGUGUUGAGACUCGUUGAUUUAGCCGUUGAAAAAUUAAACGCACAACAAUUAGUUUUAUUUAUCCAAUCGUUUGGAAUUCCGGUUGUUUCAAUCAGUAAAUUGCUUCAAACUUUGGAUAAGGCGACAACUAGCGAUCCAAAACUGGUGGUUCAUCAUGUUUUAGAUAAAAAUUAUAUGAUUCAAUUAGUUGAGGUACAAAAUCGAAGAGGAGCCGUUGGUGGUGAAAUUUUUGUGAGAGCUUUAGAAAUGGAAAGUCCCCUCAUUAAAGAUGAUGAUGCUAUCAAUGUAGCUCCAGCGAGGAAAACUUUACCCAUCAAAAAGAAAAAACCGGGGUUAUCCGAUAAUUCAGUUGAUUCUUUAAUGAAUUGUUUAGCUAAAAUAUUUAGUGGAUAUUCCGGAGGAUCAACUUUUGAAGAUAUCAUUGCUAUAACACAAAAAAUGAAAGAGGACUCACAUUUCACGCAAAGAGUGAUUCAUUUAUUGUGUUCAAUUCCCCCACUUGCGGUGAUUCAAGUUGUUUUAGAGAAGAAAUCUCUUUUUUUACUGUUACGUUUAAUUUUUGUGAAAGAAAAUUGUAACCAAGAUACUUUACGUUUAGCGAGUCGUUUACUUGAUACUAUUCAAGAUAAAUCGUGCCCUUUAGCGAUCGUUUUUGCACAAUUCUUAGAAAUGAAUCUAAAACAAUCCAAACCGCACGAAGCUGAAAAGAACGAUUUUUCUAAAAAAUUAAAAAAUAAAGAUCCUCAAGAUAAUCGUACACUAGAAGAAUUAGGACGAGAAUUUGGAAAAGUUCUCAUGGAAAAUCCUCAAUUUGAAAACGCAGGUUCACUCGUUGAUUGGUUAAUGGCCACGGAGCUUCACGUUUCGGGUUCAAACCAACAAUUACAAAUGGAAUUGUUAUUUUCGAAGAAAAAUUUGCGAUUUAGACCGUUGUUACUUUCAGUUUUACUUCAAAGAGCAAGUUGGAACACUUUAGGGAAAGUCGUUGGACAUUUAUUAGAAGAUGAUUCUCAAUCUUAUUGUCCCAUUGCUGUUUUGGACUUUUUAACAGCUUUAACACAAAGUCCGAAAUUAUGGCAAGGACGAGAUAAAGCAACGCCGAAACAUUACCAUAGUGAAGAUAUUUUGUGUUUAACAAUGCCACAAAUUUUAAAAAUGGUUGAUUACAUACUAGAAGAAGCCGAAUUGGAAGAACAUGAUUUUAUAAGAAAAAUGGAAUCACGUCUUCCCGUUUUAAUAAGUUGCGAAAAUCUUCAAUUAUCGAUUUAUGUUAAACAUUUGAUGAAAAAAACUGAAACGAAUCCAAUGGCAAAACAUUUAUUAUUAAUUUCUUACAUGGAAAAGCCGAAUAUUCGAAAAUAUUUACCAAAAGAUUAUUUAUUAAGCGAAAUUCAAUCUGAUAUGACUCCAAGCGCUGCUGAUAUAAUCUCACAUACUUUAAUCAGUUCGCUUACAGCUACAACUAAAUACAAAGAUUGGACUACAAGACAUCCCGAUUUAGAACGUUGCGUAAGAAAGUUAGCUUCAAUGCAUCCCGAAUUAAUUUUAAGACAAUUAACUAUGAUAGCGGGAAGUUUAAGAGGAAGAGCACAAUAUGAUUGGCCCGUUUUUAAAAAUCGCGGCCAUUUAACGUUAUUCGCAAAAGUUUUAGGCUUAUUAGAGCUAUUACAACCCCAUAUUUUCCAAAAAACUGACGUUUUAUACAACAUUUUGGAUUCGUAUUUUCAAUUAUUAAAGUAUCAUGGUCAUAUGAAAGAAUUAACGACUCCUGUAAAUCGUUUGGUAAGAUUUUUACAAAACUGGAUGAUAAAAGACGUACAAUAUUCGUUGAAAUAUUUACAAGAAAAGGGACACAUUUUGAAUGAAAUCCAAUCGGUUCAACCGAGCGUUAGAUCUUUGUUGUCAAGCGUUUCAUUUCCUUCUCAAGAUCGUAACGAAGAUCAAGAUCAAAUCGUUAUUAGGACUCCAACACCACCCGAUGCUGAACACCUUCCACAACAAUGGCCCAUGAUUAUAAACGGUCUUCAAUCUGCUGACCCACUAUUGGCGCUGCAAGAGUUGGAAUAUAUUUGUAAUAAAAAACCGCAAUUUCUUCAACCAGCUUCUCAAUACCUUUAUAAUAACAUAAACAGUUCAAACGGGGCUGUUCGCGAGCUUGCACUUCGCAUGUUGUUGAAAUUAUUAAAGUUUGAUCCAAGUGUUAGCGAGGAAGCUUUGCCUUCCGUUUUAUCAUGUUUGGAAAGUAGAAACGCGGACGUUGUCGAAAAUAUUUUAACCAAGUUGCCGCAGUUGGUAGUGAGUAUGCAGGAACAUGCUAUGGUUAUUUUGAGGCGUAUAUUUCGUUUGGGUUUAGUUUCUCAAUUGAACACAACAAAUGCUUUAACGAAAUCUAUUGGAUUAUUAAAUUUGCAAUCAGGUUAUUAAUAAUUUUUAUUAACAAAAUUGAUGAUUAAUUUAUAAGUUUUAACAUUAUAAAGUUGUACUCUUAUUAAUUGAAAUAAAAUUGAAUUAAAAAGAA